AUAAGAAGCCAGCGCAGGCCUAGGGUUCUCUUCCUCGUCCAGUGCUCCCCUUCGCGCCGCCGCCGCUGCUCUUCGCUUCGCGUGCUCGUCGGCCUCCAUCCUCGCGAGAACAAGAGCAUGGACACCCAGGUGAAGCUUGCUGUUGUGGUGAAGGUGAUGGGCAGGACCGGCUCCAGGGGUCAGGUGACCCAGGUCAGAGUGAAGUUCUUGGAUGACCAGAACCGGCUCAUCAUGAGGAACGUCAAGGGCCCGGUUCGUGAGGGUGACAUCCUCACCCUUCUCGAGUCCGAGAGGGAGGCCAGGAGGCUGCGCUGAGGGAACUGGGGUUUUGGUGGUUCUUGUAUGGAGAUGGAUGUCGGAUUUGAGCUAUGUUUGUCAAACUUUGUGUGGCCCUUAGAACAGUUGCCUUAUGAUUAGUAAGCCUGGUGAUAAGAUUGCAGUUUUGUUUUAUGAUCCAGGUUGAAAGUGCACUUGUGCUGAGACAUCAGACAUGGUUAUCUUUUGCUAUACUAGCCCUAUCAAUGCAUCAUUAAAUACCAGCUGAAUCUCAAGGUUUUAGCUGAAUCUCAA